UUCGUAAUCUGUGAAAAAUGAUGGUGGAACGAAGUUUGUUUUUUAACUUUUUUUUUUUCGUAUUUUCGUAAAGGUUAAAUUGUGAUUAGAACGAAGCAAUCGUGAAUAAAUUCUGACCAUUAAUUAAAUUAAUAAUUAAUCCAUGACGAGAUUCACUCGAGUUAAACAUGUGUUCCUUUGAAAAGCAUCCCUUAGCUUUUGAUUGAGUUGCGUUGCAUACAUAGCAUAGUAUAGUGUCAGUGUCCAGCAUGAAAUCGUAUAAUCAUUUCGCAGUGAAAAGUGAUAAUUGCACGCUGAGCAUUUAUUUACAUAAAGACUUGUUAUUCAAAUUGAUCAUAGUGUAGCUUCGUGGUACACAAGUUUCUCUACGAGAGGGGACUCAAGAGAAUCACCCUUAGUCCAUGGAGUACACACAGUCAUCUUCGUCGUCGUUGUAUCCGUAUCAUUCGAUCGCAGCACGUCAAUGAAAAGCGAGUAUUUUUAACCAGCUACGAGCGAAAUCUGCGUUAAAGGAAUGAAUAAUCAGAGUUUCACGUUAGCAGAACGUUUAAUUCCAGCCACAUAUCUACAGCAGGCAGCGGCUUCGAAGAAAGCUCGAGAAACCUUGAUAAGGAUUUUAAUCGAACAAAGAAAAUGGCCGGAAGAAGGCUGGGAUGAUGCUACUAUCGAACUACUGCUGGCAGAUUUAGCUCAAAUGGAUAGCAAUAAUUUCCCUUCUAAUUGCGGUAUCGGUGAGAGAGAGGCGAGAUUUGCGUGCUCUUUGGUGGCCCGAAGACAUUACAGAAUGGGUCACGGUAUCGGUCGAUCCGGAGAUAUAGGAGAAGUUCAACCAAAAGCUGUUGGUUCGAGCUUACUUAUAAAAUUAGCCAAUGCUUUACUUUUAGAUACCAUUAGACUUAUGGGUGUAAAUAACUCGGCGGGUUGUUUCAUGAUACCGUUAGCAACUGGCAUGAGUCUAGUCCUAUGUAUGCUCACAUUAAAACAAGAAAGACCCGGUGCCAAAUUCGUCUUAUGGUCUCGUAUCGAUCAGAAAUCAUGCUUUAAAUGUAUCAUUACUGCCGGCCUUCAGCCAAUAAUCAUCGAGACGAGUUUAUCGGGAGAUGAACUGCGGACAGAUUUAGUCAACAUGGAAGCUCAAAUGGCUACCCUAGGUUCAGAUAACAUAGUUUGCGUUCUCACCACAACAAGCUGUUUUGCUCCACGCGCAUCCGACUCCCUAGAACAAGUAGCUGUUCUGUGUAGUCGAUAUAAUAUACCGCAUUUGGUUAAUAACGCUUACGGUCUACAAUCCAGUAGAAUUAUGCAUCUGAUUCAAGAAGCUGCGCGGAAAGGACGCGUUGACGCUUUCGUACAAAGCACGGAUAAAAAUUUCCUAGUUCCUGUAGGAGGCUCCGUUAUAUCUGGUUUCGAUAAAGGACUCCUUGAAAGAAUAGCCAAAAGUUACCCAGGCAGAGCGUCAGCAAGCCCACCGAUGGAUAUAUUCAUAACGUUACUCUCACUGGGUGUAAACGGUUAUAAAAAUUUAAUUAGCCAGCGUAAAGAAAUGUAUAAGUAUAUGAAAGAAGAAUUAUCCAAGGUGGCCACCAAACACGGCGAGAAAAUAUUGGAAACGAAGAACAAUCCGAUAUCAAUUGCGAUGACGUUGAACUCGUUGAAUGCGACAACCGGCGGCGUAACAGACAAUAAACGUGUUACCAUGUUAGGAUCUAUGUUAUUUCUUCGAUGUGUUUCCGGUAGUCGUGUAAUAUCAACCGUUGAGCAGAAAGAAUUAUCUGGUUAUAAAUUCGAAGGCUGGGGAGCACACAACUCGAACUACCCGCAACCGUAUCUGACAGCAUCCGCUUCGCUGGGCAUUCAGAAAUCAGACGUAGACUUAUUUGUCGAAAGGUUAGACAAAGCUAUAAAUAAACUAAAGGGUAAAUCAACGCCGGCGACGCCGACUUCGGUCGAAGAACUGGCCUCGAUGAGCGGCCGAAGAUCGGCGGCUCGUUCGACCGUGAACGGCGACAGCUCAACCGGUGACCAAGCAAGCAGCGCUUCCACGUCUUUAGCCAGUAGUAAGGACAGUCUUCGAAAAUAAUCUACCCAGAAGCGAAGUACCUAACCUACCCGUCGCAGCGAGCUGUUCGGUGGUUCAUUUUUUGUACCUACGCAUUUGCACAUCCUUUUUUGGAAUUUUACGCUUAAUUUGUGGCGUGUUUCGAUCUGACCGAUAUAUUCUCUCUCUCUUUCUACAUUAUACUACUCUUUAUAAUCGUAAUAUUCUCAGAAAACGUAAUAAUUACGCGUCGCAGUUCCGCAGCCCAGUUUUUUCCCCCUUCCCCUCUUAUAACGAAAAAAUAAUGUAUUAUAGAUUCGCUUAGGGUAGAAAUUUUUACAGCAUUUUUAUCUGCGAGUCAGACCAGCCUGUGCAGUGUGCCCAUGCCCGCCGCGCCCGACACCAAAUUCACUAAGUGUUUUAUCAAGUUUCGUACGAGCUUACGUUUUUAUCAUUAUGAGUACCUAUUUCGGCUUUAUCGCUAAGCGAAUGGUCGGAUUGCGUCAGGCUGAUGAUGAUUACGGAUUCGCGCACUCACCCAUCCUUAUAUAGAUUCUCAACGAAGAGUACAUGAAUGAUGCCCUCCCCUCCCCCCCCCCUUCGGCCGCUCCUGAUCGUUCUUCAGAUUCGAAGAAUUUCGUCGUCAAUGUAGUGUGAAAGUUGAAAGUUUCAGGUUUGAAAAUCAAAUUCGAAAGUCGUGGCUAUGAUUUGAAUUUGAUUUGCUCUGAUUUGAAUCACGUGGUAUUCUCCUAAUUCCUUAUGGUGAUACCGAAAAAAUAGGAGUAAAUUUUGGGAUCUCGAUUUAACCAUUUUCGCAUUCGUGAAACCGGUUUCAAUCUGAAGUAUGAGUCGCUGAAAUUGAACGAAAUCGUCCACCUGAUUCUCCUUGAGGUGGCUGAAAACCAACCGAUGAUGGUUUUCCUCGGGUACAGGCUUUUUAGGUGGUAAAAAAAGACACAACCUCUGAGAAAUUCACUGGAAGGGAAAGUGUUUGUUCAUAGGUCCAGUUUAAGAUGCAUUUCAAUGAUCCCAAACAUCGCUAAAAUCCGUGCAUAGUUCUUAUUUGUAAGCGGAAUGAAACAAUUUUAACGCCCCCCCCCCAGGGAGAGAAAAAGGACCUAUUUCUUCAAUCGUUCGUGGAAUGUUUUUCCCCAGUGGUGGUGACUUAAUUCGAUCUUUGUGUCAACUUUAUUCUGAAUAAGAUCGGAAAUAUGGCGUAGAAUGAAAAAAUUUGAACGAUGGGCCCUUUAUACGAUAAGAGGGUGGGGGAAGGAAUUUUGACUAGAGCUGAUAAUGAUAGAUAUGUCGUGUGACAUAUCGAUUGUUAUGUUUUUGAAGGUGUAGAAUUAGAAUAUCACCUUAUUUUUUGGAUUGGUCACCUUCAAAGCUGUUAGUUCUCAUUAGAGAUAUUAACUAGUAGCAGAAGGAGGCAAUGUAGGGAUCCAAUUGAAAAAAUAAUGCCAUUUUCUCGAUUAGUGUCUUGAAAAACGUACUAUAAUAUAUACCACCCGAAUUUGAAAAAAAUUUCAGGGUUUGAUUUCGUUUGAAGGGUCGAAUGGGAUUUGGAAGGGGUCAGAUCAAAAAAAUUAGGCCAUAUUCUUGUUCAGCGCCCUCGAUAAUGUAGAAUUCGAUAUGUCGCACGACUGCCUCGAUAUUUUCAGUUCUUUGAGCCUUUCAGGGGGUGCACACCCCCUUCGAUAGGGUCAAAACCAGAAAAUAUUUUCUGAAUCAUGUGAUAUAUCGAUUGGUAUGUUUUUGAAGGAGCAGAAUUCGAAUAUGACCUUAUUUUUUCGAUUUGACCCGUUCAAAGCUCCUACUUCUCAUAAUUAGAAGCAGAGAGAGGCAAAGUAGGGGCCACAUCGAAAAAAUAAGGCCAUAUUCGUAUCGAGCGCCUUCGAAAAUGUAGUAUUCGAUAUGUCGCAUGACUUCCUCGAUAUUUUCAGUUUUUGACCCCCAUUAAGGGGUGCACACCCCCUUUGAUAGGGUCAAAACCAGAAAAUAUUGUCUGAAUCAUGUGACAUAUCGAUUGUUAUGUUUUUGAAGGUGUAGAAUUCGAAUAUCACCUUAUUUUUUUGAUUGGAUACAUUCAAAGCUCCUAGUUCUCAUUAGAGAUAUCAACUAAAGUAGCAGAAGGAGGCAAUGUAGGGAUCCAAUUAAAAAAAUAAUGCCAUUUUCUCGAUUAGUGUCUUGCAAAACGUACUAUAAUAUAUACCACCCGAAUUUGAAAAAAAUUUCAGGUUUCGAUUCCGUUUGAAGGGUCAAAGGGGAUUUGGGAGGGGUCAGAUCAAAAAAAUAAGGCCAUAUUCUUGUUUAGCGCCUUUGAUAAUGUAGAAUUCGAUAUGUCACACGACUGCCUCGAUAUUUUCAGUUCUUUGACCCUUUCAGGGGGUGCACACCCCCUUUGAUAGGGUCAAAACCAGAAAAUAUUUUCUGAAUCAUGUGACAUAUCGAUUGGUAUGUUUUUGAAGGUGCAGAAUUCGAAUAUGACCUUAUUUUUUCGAUUUGACCCGUUCAAAGCUCCUAUUUCUCAUAACUAGAAGCAGAGAGAGGCAAAGUAGGGGCCACAUCGAAAAAAUAAGGCCAUAUUCGUAUUGAGCGCCUUCGAAAAUGUAGUAUUCGAUAUGUCGCAUGACUUUCUCGAUAUUUUCAGUUUUUGACCCCCAUUAAGGGGUGCACACCCCCUUUGCUAGGGUCAAAACCAAAAAAUAUUGUCUGAAUCAUGUGACAUAUCGAUUGUUAUGUUUUUGAAGGUGCAGAAUUCGAAUAUGACCUUAUUUUUUCGAUUGGACACCUUAUAAGCUCUUACUUCUUAUAAUUAGGAGCAGAGAGAGGCAAAGUAGGGGUCAAAUCGUAAAAAUAAUGUCAUAUUUGAAUUCAGCGUCCUCAAAAAUGUAGUAUUCGAUAUGUCGCAAGACUUACUCGAUAUUUUCAGUUUUUGGCCCAAUUAUAGGGUGCACAACUCCUUUGAUAGGGUCAAAACCUGAAAAUAUUUUCUGAACCAUGUGACAUAUCGAUUAUUAUGUUUUUGAAGGUGCAGAAUUCGAAUAUGACCUUAUUUUUUCGAUUGUACACUUUUAAAGCGAUGUAGAAACCAAGAAACCAGAUUUUUGGCCUUCGGUGCAAAUGUGAUGCCUAUGGCAAGAGUGGGGGGAGGGGCUCAAAUCAAAAAAUUGGGUUGAUAUUCGGAUCAGCGACCCCAAUAACCUCACAAUCGAUAUGUCACAAGGUAUUAUAUUUUUUUCCCUCUUCGGGGCGAUUAGGGGUGAGUGUAGUAGGGGUUGAGGGGCUCAGAUCAAAAAACCAAAGUGAUAUUCAGAAUCAGCGACCCCGAAAACCCAACAAUCGAUAUGUAACACGGUAUUAUCUUUUUUUCUCAUUUUCAGACCAAGUUGGGGUGCCUGUAGUGGUGGUUGGGAGGGUUGUAUGAAAAAACUAUGUGAAUAUUCGGACUCAGCGACCCCAAUAACUUAACAAACGAUGUGUCACACGAUAUAAAAAUUUUUUUCAUGUUCAGAGCAAACGGGCUGCCUUUGGCAGGAGUGGGGGAAGGGCUCGAUUCAAAAAAUUGAGGUGAUAUUCGGUAUCAACAACCCCAAAAACCAAACAAUCGAUAUGUUACAUGAUAUAUCUGAAAUUUUCAGCUGUACCCGAAGUUACCCCCGCCCCCAUUUCCGGUAUUAAGGGCCAAACCAAUAUUUGGACCUUUUUGAUUCUCGAGAGGGUGAUGCUCAGAUUCAAAGCAUGUUUUGGAAUAUUGAAGUGCAUGUUCUUCUGUACCUGUGUUUCACCUUCCCUUGAGUUUUUUUUGGGAUUCGAAUUGAUAAGUCCUUUACCAAGUCAAAUUAUCACAUUUUAUGGAAAAAAUUUGAACGGAAUCAAAAAUACCACUGAAAAUUCGAAGUCGUGUUUUUUCAAUAACGAAGAAUGACCCUGGUUGAUUUUUUUCUCUAUAUUUUGCAUUCCCUUUUUACUCGGAACGCGGAGUACCCCCUUCCCUUUUUUUUAAUUCAUCCGUAUUUUAUCAAUUAUCGCCGCACAAAAAAAUAGUCGAUUUGUGAAGCUAUAACUACCUAUCGAUUUUACUCUAAUUAUUAUUAUUUUUUUUCGUUUUUUAUUUACUUAUUCGGUUUUGUGUUUCCAUGUUUUUGAUAUUUGUAAUAAUUUUUCUAGUCCACGUAGUGAUCUCUUUACAAUUUAGACGCUUUUUUUUCAUUUUUUUGACGCGUUGUAAUAAUUAUUGAUUUAUUUGUACGAGUUGAAUUGAGUUACGAGUAGUUUUGUUCCGUUGUGGUCGUUGUUGAAAAAAAUCCCUGCUAAACGAUAUGAUGAGUGUAGCUCGAAAUGGAGAGCCUUAUAUCGUGAUAUCCGAGCAACGAUGAUUCUUUUACCAUUUUAUUGCGAAAUUUUGUACGUAAUCAUCGAAGCGACGGAUAAUUGACGAAACAAUUCUACUAUAAUAAUACGUGUUCCUUAUUUUAUUUAUUUUUUUUCUUACAUUUACUACGUACUUACUUACUGACCACUUUUAAGGCAUAUAUACCAAAUCACAAUAUCAUUUUUAGUCGUGUCUAGUCAACGAAGCUUUAAGUUUUUUGUUUUUUUUUUUUCAUAAACUUUUAUUCGUCUAGUUUGUUUUUUAUUUUUUACCUUACCUAUCUAGGUAGGUAUUUAUUUUCACGUAUGAAAAUAUCUAUCGCUUGGGGGUUUUGUUUAGCUUACGAUUUUAGUGGAGACAAUCAGUUCGAAGCGGUAUUUUCUUCUCUCUAGUCACGUACGUACCGUAAGAUUUUUUGUUUUUUCAAAAAAAAUUCAAUUCUGUUAUUUUUAUUUUUUUUCUUCCAUAAUAUUUCUUUUUUUUCGUUUUGUUAUGGCUUCUAUCUAUGCCGUCCAGUCAUCACAUGCGCCUUCCUUCUGAUUUUGUCAAGCCUUCGAAUUACUUACUUACCUAUACUUACUACUACAUAAAAUAAACCAAUAAAAAACACACACAUUUCGGCAGAAAAAUAUUAUUUUACAUUUUACAUGUAGAAAAAGAAAAUAAUUGAUGUAUUUGUUAAGGUAUACCUGUAUUUUUUACACGUUCUUUAUUAUUUGUAUGAUUUUAAUAUUCAACUACAUAUAACGCGAAUGUAUUUUAAAAAUUGUUGUUUAUUUUGUAAGUAGGUUUAAAUUAUUACUUUUACAUAAUGAUGAUUUUAGGGCUGCGUUUUUCGAAUGAUUUUUUUCCAUCUGCAUCUUCGAAGAAGAGAUUGAAUUGAAAUAACGCGAGGGUGGUUUUGAAAUUUGAAUAAGCAAAAUGUUCAUAAACAGUGCCAUGUUUUUCAUUUUUUUUUUUUUUUUUUUUGUAUUUACGAAAGAUACGAGUGCGGAGUUGUGAAACGAGUACGUCAUAUUUUGUGGUCACAUAUAUAUUUUUUUCUCAGCAAUUUUUAUUAUUAGGGAUCAAUAUUUUAGGUGAACGUUUACAAAUUUCUGGCUUUAAUAGGGAAACCGAAAAAAAACAUAGCUUUGUGUUGUGUUGUUUCUGUAUUUUUGAGUUUUGAUUUUUUUUUUUUGAAUUUUUUUGAAAAAUCGUAUUUGGAGGUAUAUUUUUCUCGUUGGUAGACUGAGCGUAUAAAUAAAUUUCAGCUUUGGUUAUACAGACAUACCUUUUUUAUGUACAUAUGUUUGGUUUUUUUUUCACCAUUCGGUGCACUUAUUAGUUAUGCACCAAAUGUUAACAUUCCAACGCCUAUUUCAAGAGAAAAAAAUUUGUUUAUUACGCGUUUAUUUAGAUUUUACAUUUUAAUUCAGACGCUAAUUGUAUUCAUUUUUAUUGUUACUUAUUCCGUCGCAUUUUUCAUGUUUAUUAUAAGUUAUCAUCAAUAUAGUUGGAAAGUUUAGAAUUUU